AUGAAAUUGACAUCAUUGUUAUACAUUCAAUUUCUUUUUUUGGUUGCUUUUACUCUAAUGCCAAUGCCCAAAGAAUUUGAAAAGGGAGAUAAGAAAGUUAAAAUUUUAUAGAGAUGUGCAAUAAAGUUCUCAUCAGAAUAAAAUUUUCCUGAUCAUGUAUUAUAAUUAUUACGUCAUUAUCAUAAAUUAAUGACAUUAAAUUCUGAUUGUAAAUUUGAAGAGUCCAUUUAGAAAAAGAAUCUAAAUGUAGAAGGAUAAUUAAAAUUUAAUAUUAAUUUAGAAAGUGAUGAAUAACUAUAUUGGGUUAAUGAUACUAAGCAAGAAGCUUAUACAUUAGAGAUUGAUGAAAAGUUGAAUAUAAAUAUUAAUGCUCUAAAUCAUUGGGGUUUGGCAAGAGCUAUUGAUACAGUAAAUUAACUCACUGAAAAUAAUGAAGUAGAUAAUGUAAGAUUAAUAUUAAUAUUAUAAAGUUACCUUUGAAAAUUUAUGAUGAACCUGCUUUUGUAUAUAGAGGUGUAAUGGUAGACACUGCUAGACAUUUUCUACCAUUAAAGACUUUAGAAAGAACGAUUGAUGCAUUAGUAAUAAAUAAGAUGAAUGUUUUACAUUGGCAUAUUACAGAUGAUGAAAGUUUUCCUCUUUUAUUAACAAAUUAUAGUUAAAUUACAAAUACAUCAAAACAUUGGGAAACUGCUUAUUUUACAAAAUCUGAUGUAUCUUAUAUAAUUGAGUAUGCAUCAAUAAGAGGAGUUUAAAUAAUUCCUGAAAUAGAUUCUCCUGCACAUGCUUAAUCUUGGGGAAGAUCUCCAGAAUUAGCAGAAAUGAUUAUAACUUGUGGAAGUACUAUUAAAUAAUAUGGACAAUUCGAUCCUACAUUAGAUUUAACUUAUGAAGUCUUAAAAUCUGUUAUGCAAGAUUUAAAUGAUAUGUUUGAUAAAGUUUAAUUUAUUCAUUUUGGUGGGGAUGAAGCUAGUAAUUCCUGUUUUGAUUAAAGACCAUCAAUUAAAGAAUUUAUGACAGAACAUGGAAUAGCAACUUAUUUUGAUCUUUAAGUUUAUUAUAGAUAAAGAUAAAAAGAUAUAUGGAAAAAUUAAGUUAAAUCAUCUAAGAGAGUUGCUUAUUGGUAUAAUAAAAAUGAUUAACUUCCUGCUGAAGAUAAUGAUAUCAUUCAUUGGUGGGGAUUAACUUCAUAACUUGUUGAUGUAAAAAACAGAAAAAAUGAUUUUAUUUUAAGUGAUUAUCAUCCUUUAUAUUUGGAUGUUGGAGUUGGAAAUGCUUUUGGUAAUGCAUAUGAUGCUUAUUAAACAUGGAAAGAUUUUUAUAAAUGGUCACCAUAACCACCAGAUGGAUUUUAAGGAAAUAUUUUAGGAGGUGAAGCUCCUUUAUGGGGAGAAACUAAUAAUUAAAAUACUCAUUUUUAGAAAAUGUUUUUAAGAUCAUCUAUUUUAGGUGAUACGUAAUUUAAUUAAUUAUAUAAAUUAGAUUAUGGAAUCCUAAUUCUAAAUAAAAUGAAUAAUUUUGGGAAUUUACUUAAAGAUUAAGUGAAAUGGAAGAUAGAAUGAACAAAUAUGGAUUUCCUGUGUCUCCAUUUACUCAUGAUUAUUGUAAAAGACACACUAAACUAUGUUUCCCAACAUUAUAUGCCGAUCAAGAAAAUAAUCAAACUGUUUAACAAUCAUCAUAAUAGUCCGAUUUAAUUUUGAUAAGUUAAUGA